AUGGUUGAGGUGCCCAGGCGGAGCGCCUGGGGCAGGUGGAUUUCCCCCUUUUCUAGCUGUGGAGUUUUGUUGGAAGCUAUUACGAAGAAUGGAAGUACUGCUGGGGGAGGCGCUUACUGCCGAAAACCAGCCAGUAGCAAUGAUCAAAGUAAGCCAAAUAGCACGAAGGAGAGCAAUGCAUCUGCUGCAGGUGAAAGUGGAAAAGGCUACACCAAAGACCAAAUGGAAGGAGUAUUCAGUAUAAAGAAAUGUAAAAAUUAUUAUGAAGUCCUUGGGGUGUCAAAGGAUGCAGGUGAAGAAGACCUAAAGAAGGCUUAUAGAAAACUUGCUUUGAAAUUCCACCCGGACAAAAACCAUGCACCUGGAGCAACAGAGGCUUUUAAAAAAAUCGGAAAUGCGUAUGCUGUGCUGAGUAAUCCAGAAAAACGAAAGCAGUAUGACCUUACAGGCAGCGAAGAGCAAACAUGCAAUCACCCUAGCAACGGUAGAUUCAACUUCCAUAGAGGCUGUGAGGCAGAUAUUACUCCAGAGGAUCUAUUCAACAUGUUUUUUGGAGGGGCCUUUCCAACAGGUAGUGUACAUUCAUUUUCUAAUGGUCGUGCUGGCUACAGUCAUCCUAAUCAGCACCGUCAGAGUGGACAUGAGAGGGAGGAAGAGAGGGGUGAUGGAGGUUUCUCUAUGUUCAUUCAGCUGAUGCCUAUUAUUGUGUUGAUCCUUGUCUCCUUGUUGAGCCAGUUGAUGGUAUCUAACCCUCCUUACGCUUUAUACCCACGAUCAAGUACAGGGCAGACCAUAAAAAUGCAGACAGAAAACUUGGGUGUCGUUUAUUAUGUCAACAAGGACUUUAGAAAUGAAUACAAAGGAGUGUCAUUACAGAAAGUGGAAAAGAGCGUGGAAGAGGAUUAUGUGUCCAACAUUCGUAAUAACUGUUGGAAGGAGAGGCAACAAAAAACAGAAUUAAUUCAUGCAGCAAAAGUAUAUCGAGACGACCGUCUCCGAAAGAAAGCAGACUCCAUGUCCAUGGACAACUGCAAAGAACUAGAACGGCUGACCAGCCUCUAUCGAGGAGGAUGAACUACAAUCAUACAUGUACAUCUUUACGUAUGCCGUUCUCUCUCUUGUAAAUUAAGAAGAGAUUUAGUUUUACCAUGAAUGCUGGAAAAGAGGGGUGGAUGUAAAACUCUACUGUGUAGCUGUUUCCAGAAACCUUAUGCUGAAAUAUCAUUUAACGGCUUCUUGACCUACUGUGAAAUAUAGGUAACUCUAAUUGUCUAGAUUUUACUUCCAAGCUUCUGUGAAUUCUUUCAGCAGAGAGAAUAGCUCAGAGAGGAUGCUAUACUUGUAGAGACUUAGUCAUAGUGGUUCUCCUCUAACAUAUUUGCCAUGUAAAUAUCUGUGGAAAGAACACUUUGUGUAUAUACAAGUUAAAUGACUUUCUAUUUAAAAUCUCAGAAAUUUAGUUCCAUACAACAUUUUGUCUCACUGAUGGAAUAAAUAGUAUGGUUACAUCACUCCUAUUCAGAUGUCAAGUGUGUGGAGUUGAAACAAGAAUUUUUAAUAUUUUAUCUCUAACUCUAUGUAAAAUCUUCUAGGUUUACCAGCUUAGAGGAACUCGGUAUUUUUAAAUAUAAUGGCAUAUAUUCCUAAAUAUCUGUUGGGGUAUAUUGAUUUGGUGUAGAGUAGCAGUUAGCUGUUGUAGUUUUUUAGCAUUUCUAAGCAAUGCUGAGAAAAUGAAGAACUACGCUAAUCUCUUUUCAAAGUGAAUAUUUGCAAAUGCUGUACAGACCAUUAUAAGCAUUGCUUUUAGUACUCGCAACAGUUUACAGCAGCUCUACCAUUUGGCAUUCCAGUAGUAGUAAGUCCAUAUGUAUGGUUAACAUGCAUCCAUAGCUUCUUAAUUUUCACUGGAAAGGUAGAGGAAAACAUGCAAUAGUGAAACUUUAAAGCUCAAAAAAAAAGAAAAAAAAAAAGGUGACCUAAUUUUUUUUCCUGGGAGGCUUCCAUUUUCUUACUAUUUUUUUAUUUCAAGCUAGGUCCCAACACUGAUUCCUCAAUAAUGGGCACCACAGGUGGGACAGGGAAAUACUGCUAAGGACAAGCUAUUGUGCCUUUUGACACUUUUGCCAACUAUUUAAAUGCUUUGCUAGUUUGCAGCGUGCUCCUGUGGCCAGAGCCAUAUCGCUUGCCCGCUUGCCCCCGGGGCGCGGAAGAGGUAGGGUGUGCAUUUCUCUGGACCAGAACGUUGCUGGACUGACUUUCUAGAAAUGAGCAAGCGAACUGUUUGGCUCCUUACAUACAAGAUCGUGUAACUUGGUGGCCUGUACGUGGAAACUAUACAUAGCCACACCUGCUGAUGCAAAGAGGUGUUUCGAAGCAGCUAAGUACAAUGUACUUGAAGUUUAU